AUGGAGAGUUGCGUACUAGACUGGCACGCGUCGAGGUCGAAGAACCAAGACCAAGAUGCAGAGCGGUUCGAACUGGAGGCCAGACUGAGUUCCAGUGAGCAGGAGGUGGAGGAGCUGAAGAGAGAGAACACAGACAGACCGAAGGUAGCCUUCUCUGCUGCUUUAGGUCGUCCAGUGGGACCCUUCAAUACUGCUGUCACACUAGUGUACAACAAUGUCAUCACUAAUAUUGGUAAUGCCUACAGCCCAGUUACAGGGGCCUUCACAGCACCAGUGAGAGGUGUCUACUACAUCAGAUUCACUGGUAUGGACGACCGCAUCUCAAAAAGGGUGGGUGUCUCCAUGAAAAAGAAUGGCAAGUACCACAUAAUGUGGGCAGGUCAGAGGAAUGUAGCAGAUCACCAGUAUGUAUCCACUGCAGUGAUUCUAGAGCUGGAGGAAAGGGAUGUGAUCUACAUGGAACUGGAUUCAGGCUUUAGGCUCUAUGAGGAUCACGAUAAACACAGUAUCUUCACUGUCUUUCUGCUCUUCCCCGUGUGAGAAAAGCUGACAUGCAAUCAGAUGAAAUGUGGUCUUUCUCUUGAUCCUGAGGCUGUCACAUUGAAUUUAAC